AUGGUAGAAAAGGUCUACGUGACCUACAACCAGGUACACAAGUUAUGUCAAGCCUCGGCCUCCCAUAUCCUCUCCUCCUUCCAACCAAACCUCAUGAUCGCCAUCGGCGGCGGCGGCUACGUCCCCGCCCGAAUCCUCCGCUCCUUCCUCAAACGCCCCGGCAGCCCCAACAUCCCCAUCCAAGCAAUCGGUCUCUCCCUCUACGAAACCCUCUCCAGUUCAGAUCCGGUUGAGCAGCUCGGUACGAAAGUCACAAGGACGCAAUGGCUGGAUCUGUCGAGCUUGGAGAUGAGCAAUUUGGUGGGGAAGAACGUGUUGAUUGUGGAUGAGGUGGAUGAUACGAGGACGACGUUGGAAUAUGCGGUUAGGGAAUUGGAAAAGGAUGUGGAGGCUGCGAGUGAGAAGUUGGGGAGGGGUGGGGAGAAGACGCGGUUUUGUGUUUUUGUGCUACAUAACAAGGACAAGACGAAGAAAGGGAAUUUGCCGCAGCAAAUGAUGGAUGAGGGUAGGUAUCUGGCUGCCAAUACAGUAGGAGACGUUUGGAUAUGCUAUCCUUGGGAAGCUACUGAUAUCGACGAGCACGAUCAGACAGCUGCUUCUCAACCAGUAAUAGAACAUUAA